AUGGGUCAAGCUCCUAAGAUGAUUGUUACUGACCAAGAUAGAGGUAUGAGAGCUGCUAUUCGUGAUGUUUUGGUGGAUACAAAGCAUAGAUGGAGAUGUCUAGAAAAUGAAGAGUUGAAAAAAGAGAUCAGUGCUUGUGUGUGGUCUGAGGUGCUAGAGCCGGAAGAGUUUGAAGAUUCAUGGAUGGGGAUAAUGGAGCGUUAUGAGCUUCUUCAUGUCGAGUGGUUUGUAACAAUGUUUGACGAUAGAGAGAUGUGGGUCCCUGCCUAUUUUAGAGACUUUCCCAUGGGGUCUCUUAUUAGGACGACGUCUAGAAAUUCUAGCUCGAAGUUAGAUUAUAUGGAUUCAACUAUUAUACCACCGUUCUCCAGUCAGUUGGUAUUAGAAAAACAUGCUGCAACAAAGUACAUUGAUCACAUGUUCAAGAGAGUGCACCGUGAGAUAGUUGACGCAUUGCACCAUUGUAGCACUGAUGGUUUGUUGAAAGAUGAUGUGUUAGAGAUCUCCACAAUAAAGGACAAGUAUAGUAAAUCUUGGGUUUUUGAAGUUAUACCUGAUAAGUACUUCCAUGUGAGGUGGUUGAAGACUGCCUUAGCUGAUGCUAUUCGUGGACCAGCUCGAUGUUUGGGAGAUCCUGAACUUUUAUCAGAUCCAAACCAGUUGUCAAAGAAUAAAGUUGCUGACAUAUUUUUCAGUUACAUGAAAAAAUUUGAUGGUGAUAGUGCCAUCAUUGAUUUGUUUUCAGCUGGAAUUGAUGAGCUUGGGAAGAGUCUUAUGACAAGAAUCCAUGAACCAUCUUCAGCAGACAAGGAUAAACUAGUUAAAGAUUUCUAUUUUGCUGAAAAGCCAACUGUGGUUAGAGUACAGCCACCAUCAGUUGUGUCCACCAAAGGUUCGAAAAGUGAUUCUAAAAUCCGUUUGGUGUCCGCGAAGGAAAAGGCUAUAAAGUUGAAUAGCAAACCAUUGCGUUAG